ACCCCAAUCAGCCUCAUGUGAUCGCACACAACUUUCGGACCAUGGCUGUACCAAAACUUGUGUGCACAAAAACCUCGUUAUUUCACCAGAAACCGCACAAACAACACUGUAGCAAGUAGCUAUGGACGUCAUAUUCUACUGCAGCUUGGUAAAAAGAUGACUUGUAGAUAGCCCAGAAGCACCACCCCAGCCAUGGAGCCGCUAGCUCCAGCUGAGACUAAGAAGGACCGCACCUUGGACCUGAUGUUGGUCCUGAAGGAGCACUUCGACCCCAAACAGAUCUGUUCUGUCCUGAAUGAGCUGAUGGGUCUGGUAGAAGAUGGUCCCAGCCUGGAGUGUAUGGAAGACUACCAUGUCCACCAGCUGAUUCUGGACCUCAUGAUGCAGUUCAAGACAAAUCCAGAUGUACAGGAGGUUGGCUGUAAUGCCAUCUGGAAACUGUUCCACCACAGCAGUCGACAGAGAAAGAGAAUAGACAAGGCUGAAGCUUACAAACUGGUUAUGGAGGCCAUGGAGAGACAUAAGCAGGUAGAAGCUGUGCAGGCAGCAGGACUGAGGUGUGCUGCUUACCUCGCCAUUUCACGAACGACGCGAGCCGCUAUGCUGGAGAAUGACAUCAUGGAUCAGGUGAUCAUCGCCAUGACAGCGUUUAAGGAGAACCGAUCUGUCCAGGCCAACGCCUGUCAGGCGCUCACACAUCUGCUGUUUGAUGAUGAGAGACACCUGGCUGACCUGGUCAGCAGUAAAGGCUACAAGCUGAUUGUGGAGGCAGCUAACCAACAUGCAGACAGCCCGGCAGUCAUGGAGCAGGUGCUGUGGGCACUCAGGGUGCUGGUCACUCCAGAGGUGAACAGAAGAGAGUUGGUGAGAGAGAAGUUGUACAGAUAUGCCACCUCAGCCAUGGGGAGGUUCACUCAGGAAGGGGAGGUCCAGGCGGCCGCGUGUGGGGUCAUCGAGAUGCUGUCCACUGAUGAGACCUGUCAGAAGCAGAUGGUAGAUGACCAUGUUCCAGACCUGGUGUUCAAAGGAAUGCAGGACUUCCCCAAAAAUGCCUUCAUGCAGACGUUUGCCUUGAGCACCUUGGCCUACCUUGGUGAUUCGUUGAACGCCUCUGAUGACGAGGAUGCGUUUGAGAACCGGCCGGAGACGCGACAGAACCUGACCUGGCUGGAGAACAUCUUCCACGCCCUGACCAAUCACGCCAGCGACCCGGCCGUACAGGAAGCUGGCUGCAGAUCUCUUUGCAAACUUCUCGAGCAUCAUCCAGAUCUCAUUAGGCAUAUUGGGGAGGAAGACAAGGAGAUGCCAAUCCACUCAGCUGUACUGGCUGCCAUCAUGAUGCAUGGAGAGGACCAGUAUGUGUUUAAAGUUGCGUGUGAAGCCAUCUACCAUCUUACAGCCGAUUGGGAGCCCUUGCAGACGCUGCUAAUGAACAAAGGUGCUUACCUCAGCAUCAUUAACUACAUGGGUCAUCAUGCAACCAUCCCAGGCGCACAGCAGUUUGGCUGUAGGGCCUUGAGAGGACUGACCCUGCUAAAUGACGACCACAAACAGAAGCUGGCCGAGGUCAGUGCCCUCAGUCUGGUGGUGUCGGCACUCAAGCGUUUCCGUGACAAUGUGGGGGUCCAGGAGGAGGCUAUCGGCGUCAUAGCAACCAUGUCUGACGUCGCCAUCGUGCGACACCAGUGUAUAAUAGAGAAGGUUCACACCAUUGUGCUGGACUCCAUGAACAAGUUCCUGUUGUCCCGGGAUGUCCAGGAUCUGGGGCUGGAGGCACUCGGGGUCCUGUCAUUGGCUGAGGGUGUUCCUGCCAUGUUGAAUGAAGCUGGAGCCCUGCACACAACCAUCCAUGCCAUGGAGAAAAACCCAGAGGAUGACUCCAUCCAGUACAAGGGCCUGAUCAUGCUGCAGGUGUUGGUGGAGGAGGAGAGGUUCAGCAGCCAGCAGGUCUGCGAGGAGGUCGCCAAACUCGUGGUGGAGGCCAUGACCAGGUUCAAGGACAUCACAAGAGUACAGGAGGAGGGCUGUGUUGCUAUCCAGCUGCUGGCUGAGAUGAGUCCAGAGAUGAGUCAGGUGUUGGUAAACAACGAUGCUCAGGAGUGUCUCUUCCACAUCCUGGAGUGCUACUCUUACAAUCAAGGUCUGCUGGACGUUGCCAGUGAGUGUCUGUAUGUCCUGAGCUGUGAGCUGGACCUGAAGGCCCAGAUGCUGCUGUCAGCCUGUAGCAAAGGGUCCAUCAGGGGUGUAGAGUGUCUGAUACAGCUGGGAGCUGAUGUCAACACCGGGGAGGGACACAACACUCCUCUCUGCUUGGCCUGUGAGAGGGGGGAUGAACACCUGGUACACUUUCUCCUCAAACAGGGCAUCAGUGACCUGCAGCCAGCUCUCCAGCUGAGUCUGAAGAAGGAACACCACACCAUCAUCGGGCUGCUGCUGAAGCACAUGGGGCACGACCGGGAGGCCGGCGUGGUGUCCUGGAGUGGGCUGAGUCUGGGCGGGCUGAGGGCAGAGUGGCUACAGCCCAUGCUGGUGGACAGGAAAACCAACAACAACAUGUUCGGAACGGGUGUUGCCAUGGCAGCGAUGGUGAAACAGAUCCGUAACCGCCGUGAGACACGCCCCCUCCCACUGACCAGGAAUCACUUUGGGGGCAGCGACCCUUCUCUGGCUAAAAUGUCCUUCCAGCUGGACGACUCCAUGGACAGAAGAUACCCGUUCUCUUGCUCAGUUCCCAGGCCUGAUGAUACUAACCAAGUGUCAUCUAAUGACGAGGCUAAAGCGAGCAUAGCCAGUGACAGUUCGUUUGACGGGUACGAGGUAACGGAUGUCAGGAGGAAAAGCGUGGCCGUGCUGAGGUCACCGUCACAAGACAGCUUACUGGAUGACACGAUUGACGCCAACCGUUCCAAUAACUGGUGGAACCGAAUGCUCUAUCCCAUCCUCUCUGUCUUCUCUGAGCUGACUGGGUUGGGAGACUCGAGGAGACCGUCACUGGAGAGUGGCCUGGAACUGUCCCCGCCCAAACCCAGGAGAAAGAUGAGGAGGAAAUACAGCAAGACGGGGUCGGAGAUGCCGUUCAACCGCUGGGACCCUCGCAACAUGACGGAGCAGAAGUUUGGACAGGCGCUGGCCACGAUCCCUCAGGAGAGGGACCGGUCUCGUAUGACCCCGGAGUCACCUGGGUUCAGCCCCUCACGGCUGACACCCCCUUACACCUCAACUCCCGUCCGAGCGACUUCUCCUAAUAUUCCACCCAGAGAAAGGACUUGGGAUUGGCUACGACAGGUUUCCAUAUCAGAAGCUGAAGAGACUGACAGCACUUUGGAAGAACCACAGUCUCCCCUCCCCCAACAGGACAGCAUGGACCAGUCCAGGUCACCCAGUCUUGCAGUUCCUCCCCAACCCCAUGCUGCCCUCCCCCACAAGGAUAACAUGGACCAGUCCAGCCCCGAUCGAGUGAAAAAGUUGUCUUUGAUGAAGAACGAAGAAGAGGAAAACAGCCAUCCAAUCAGAAAGCGGGCCUUCACGUCCGUCGACAAGAAGCCCGGGCGAUCACUGUCCACAAGCGCGGUGCGGCUCCUUGACAUUUCGUCCAACGGGAUCGUCUCUCUCGACGGCCUUAUCAAAUCCGACACGAACGUCCUGAACUCACUGGUCGCGGUGGAGAAGCUGGAUCUCAGCCAGAACAGUCUGAAGGACUUCCCGUGGCGGCUGUGCCAGGCGCUGCCCAAGCUGCAGAGCUUGGAUCUCCAUGGUAACAGCUUCACAACUUUCCCCGCACACGUUCUUGCCUGCCAGCACCUGGACUUUCUCGACCUCUCAAACAACAAGAUCGCCGACCUGACCAAGAAGCCGUCCAAAACCAGCUUCAGCCUGAAGGAGUUCAACAUCUCCCACAACUCCCUGACGGCGCUGCCAUCUUGGAUCGGUGUCUGCAUGCCCAUGCUGCAGGUCCUGAAUGUGGAAGGGAACCGGAUCGCAAAGAUCGUUGAGGAGGAAGCUUUCCAACUCAGGAGGCUGAAGAUGGUGAACAUCUCCAAGAACCAGCUCAAGGAGCUUCCCGUGAAGUUCUUCCUGGGAUGCCCCAAGUUGGAGACGUUGGUGGCAUCUUGCAAUGAGUUAGAUAACCUGCCAUACGAUGCUGCAAUCAAGCUGCCCAACCUCAGUACAGUAAAGCUGGCUCACAACAAGCUGGCCGAGCCUGAGCCCACCUACAUUCCACGCUUCCUGCUGCUCCUGGACAGGCUACGUUCCCUGGACCUGAGCAACAACGAGCUGCAGGGACUCCCCCCUCCCUCCCACUGGAACACUCACGCACUCAGGGAACUCAUGCUGGGGGGGAACCAGAUUAGGAAGCUUGUCCUUGGAGACAGUGCCAAACAGUGGGCGACCCUGGAGAGACUGAUCAUCAGUCACAACAAGCUGCAGGAGGUUCCCCGGGAGCUGGGCUAUCUCACCUCGCUCACCUCGCUGGACUUCAGCCACAACCGGGGCAUCAACACCCUGCCUGACGAGCUGGGCAGACUGUCCAAACUCUGGGAGCUCCCCCUGGAUGGCCUGAGACUUGACCUUGACCCAGCCAUAGUGAAAGGUCGCACCAAGGACGUCAUAGGCUUCCUCAGCCAGAGGCUCAAACAGGCUGUUCCACACUACCGUAUGAAGCUGAUGGUGGUGGGGUUCGGGGGCAGGGGGAAGUCCACCCUGCUGAGACAGCUACAGAAGAUCAAGGCUGACCCCAGGUUCAACACUGCAACUAUCGGGGUCCUCGUGAAGGACUGGAAGAUCCCAGUGAAGAAGAGCAGAUCGAAGACCCACACCUACACCUUGAGCACCUGGGACUUUGCUGGGCAGGAGGAGUUCUACUCCACUCACCAGUGCUUCCUGUCUUCCCGCUCCCUCUAUCUGGUGGUGUAUGACUUGAGUAGGGGUCCUAAGGAGGUUGAGAGUCUGCGACCAUGGCUGUUGAACAUCCAGGCGCGGGCUCCCAACUGCCCCGUGAUCGUGGUCGGCACACACAAGGACAGGAUCAAGAGGGAGGAGGCAGACUCGGUCAUACUGGAGAUGAGACACAGGGUCCAGACACUCUGCACCACUCCUGGGUUCCCAGAGAUCAAGGGUUAUGCAGAAGUUUCCUGCAUCAAGGAAAGUCCUGCCAUGGAGGAUCUGAGGAAACAGAUCAUCAACGUCAUUGACAAUUUCAAGGUGAAAGGCCAGCCUGUGAUGGGACAGAUGAUCCCGCACAGCUACAUGCAGCUGGAGGACCUGGUGACUGAGGAGGCGCAGAGUCUGCGGGCGGGGCUGCCGGUCAUCAGGCACAGCCGACUGCUGGAGCUGGUGAAGGAGGCUAACCUACAGCUGGAUGAGGAGGAACUCUCACAGGCUGUUCGGUUCCUCCAUGAGUCAGGAGUCCUGCUGCACUAUGAUGACCCGGCCCUCCAGCUGAAGGACCUGUACUUCAUCGACCCAGAGUGGCUCUGUCAGAUGAUGGCUCAGGUGGUGACGGUGCGGGAAGGCAACCCUUUCGUCAACAACAAGGGGAUCCUGAAGAAGUCGGACGUGACGAAUCUGUUCAAGGGCGGAGCCUUCCCGCCAGAACUCAUCCCACAGUACCUAAGGCUGCUGGAGAAGUUUGAGAUCGCCCUCCCACAGACAGAAGAAGAGCUGCUGAUUCCCUGCAGACUGCCGUUCGUGCAGCCCCCGAUCGACAAGACGGCGUGGUUCACCGGCCACGUGUACCGUCAGUACGUCAUGCCGUACAUCCCCAUCGGCUUCUGGUCACGACUCAUCACCAGGCUCAUGGUCUUCUCCAUGUAUGUCAAGACUGGUCCGACCACACCGCUGCAGAAAGAGUACUGGCGCGAGGGAAUCUACGUCUUCUGGACCACGCAGGAGUACUUCCUGGUGAAAAGCAUCAAGGGAGAGAAGAACUCCAUGGACAUUACUGUGCCAGCAACUAGACAAGGCAGCCGACUGCUGGGCCAUGUGGUAGACCAUGUGGAUGACCUGAUAGAAGAGUGGUUCCCAGGACUGUGUGAGAUCGACCCCGUGUCGGGACAGACGCUGGUCGUGCGCCAGGUGCCGUGUGUCCUGUGCGAGACCGAGGCGCCACAUAUCUUCUUGUUGACGGACAUCCUGGCCAUGUCCGACAGAGAUGACAUCAUCUUCUGUCCCAACCACGACAUGCCUGUGCCCUUACACAAACUGGCCCCAGACGUGAUGCUGAGUGACCUUGACAGCAGGUACCAGCUGCAGGAGGACAAGUUCAAGUUGGAGCAGAUCCCGGAGAACGAGCUUGGAGAUGGCAGCUUUGGCAACGUGUACAGGGCCAGCUACAAGAACAUGGAUGUAGCAGUGAAGGUGUUCAGUAAGGUUGGUGAGGACCACCCCCAUCGCAUGCUGCGGCAGGAGGUGACCAUCCUCACCAGACUGCAGCACAUCAGUGUCAUCUCUCUCCUGGCCGUGGGGCUCCGGCCCAGGCUUCUGGUGCUGGAACUCGCACCUAUGGGGUCACUCACCUCUCACCUGUGUAAGAAGAUGAGCAGAGGUCUGCAGCAGAGGAUAGCCAUGCAGAUUGCAGAGGGCCUGAAGUUCCUACACACCAACAUGAUCAUCUACCGAGACCUGAAACCUGACAACAUCCUCAUCUUCUCCAUCGCACAGAACAGUCCUGUCAAUGCCAAGAUCUCGGAUUACGGGAUCUCCAAGUUCGCGACCCUGCUGGGCCUGACUGCUCCCGAGGGCACACCCGGUUACCGGGCUCCUGAAGUGGCACGCGGGGACACGGCUUACAACAACAAGGUGGACCUGUUCUCGUUCGGUAUCCUGUUGUUUGAGCUGGUGACUGGCAGGAAACCGUUUGAGGACCUGCACUUCAGGGGGGAACUGGACGAAGCCAUCAUCAAGGGCCGCCCUCUGGACCCGAUCACGAGUUGUGGCAGCGCCCCCUGGCCAGACGUGCAGGACCUGAUCACCCACUGCAUGCAGCCCAUCCCCGACGACAGGCCCACGGCCACCGAGGUGUUCUCACGGCUCAGCCGCGGGGAGCUGCUCUGUCUCAGGAGGAGUGUUCCACUGGGGAAGGGCCUGUCACCGGAGUGUAUCGCCAUCAGGAACUUCCGAGAGAAGGAUGAGGAGCGUGUGGAAGUCUGGAUCGGCAGUGGUGAUGGCUCCUCGGCACAGCUCGCCUGGUUCUCCCUGACAGAAAACCAGCCAUGCAAGGGAGUGAUGCUGGACGACCGGCGAAUCCUCUGCAUGACUGCCAUCGGACAGGGAACCAUGCUCGUGGGGACACAGUCCGGGAGACUCUGGGUCUACGACGCCGUGACCCACACCAAGAAGUAUGUCCUGUCUCCCCUCAGGGACGCCAUUCUGUGUAUGGAGUACAACAGGGGCUUCAUACAAGGGGCUGCCGCUAAGUGGCUGGGUUCAGACGCCGUGUUUGUUGGACUAGCCAAUGGUACUGUGGCUGUGUUUCCCAGGCAUACAUUGGAGGACGAGAAGGCCCGGCCAACGUACGAGAUCACAGUGGGGAACGGGGACGACCCUGUGACCUGUAUGACCUUGAACGGGAAGCAGCUGUGGCUGGGCUGCAGUAAGAACAUCGUCACCGUCAGCCUGGAGAAACUCACUGUGGAGAGGAGCUGGAAAACUAACAAGGGUCACAGUGUGGACGCCAUGGUGAUGCACAUCGCCCACCACGGGAAGCUCCUGUACCUGGGCAAGCGGAACAGCUCGGUGGUGGAGGUUUGGGAGGAGAGCCGCGAGCGACUCCGGGACACGAUCGACGUCCACCCCAUGGUGAAGAAGCGUCAUCCUGAUGUGUCCUUCUUCGACACACGGGUGAAGUCCUUCAUGCUCCAGGCUAGUUUGUCACUGUGGAUCGGGACGGGAGGGGGGCACCUCGUGUUGGUGGACGCACAGACACACUCCCCGCUGGCCGUCAUCCACCGCCAUCUGUCUGCGGUGCGGGCGGUCACCAUAGCCAGGAAACAACAGACCAAACAUGGCUUCAAGCCUCUACCGUCAGUGCUGACAGUUGGGAUGGGGUUUGUCAAGAGACCUGGGCACAGAGUCUACAAGUCAGAUGCUGAGUACGGCCAUGUGUUGCUGUGGGACGGAGACUUGCCACGGCAGAUCAAGUACAUGAAGGCUGACGCCAAGAAACGUGCCGAGCUCAUGGCAGAGAAAACCAGCCAGAUGCUGAAGUCUCACAGUUUCUAACUAUGCAAUGAUUCUGCAUAAAGUAGAGUGGUUUUAUUCCUGUCAUGACAGGCUGUUUAAGAGUUCUAAAUGGGAUCUAUGAAGCUUCAGAUGUCAAUUACUGAGGGACAAUUGCUGGGUGAAAGAUGUCGGUUAGCUUGAGGAAUGAAGCCACUCUACUUUACAUGGAAAGAUCUAGUGUUUGUGUACAAUGGUUUUACCUGUAAUUACAUUUUGUAAUAUUGUACCUAUAAAAACAAAUUAUGGCUCCGAGAACAAUCGCUUUUAAAAGCAUGUUGCGCUUUGUAUUGUUGCUUAUUGUACAUAAUCAACACAAAUGCAAGCAGGUGCUAUGGUCUAAUCAUGGAGAUAUAGCUCCAUGGUCUAAUUAAUGAAAAUGUCUCUUUGUCUUUAUGUUUUGUAUGUAACGUUACAGGAGAGCUGGUUAACUGAGCAGGUUUGUAACAGAGAGAAGGUGUGUGAGAGGUAGGGAGGUUUCAGUGGAGGAUAUUGAUCUGUUAUUGACAUCUACCCAUAUAUUGAUAGGUCAUUAUUUCUAUAUCAUGGGCUUUAUGAGAAAAUGUUCUCUCAUCCUUUUGAUUUGAACAAAUGAUGGACCUACUGUGGAUCAACAAACAUGGUGUGACGUAGGUGUACAACUGGAUACAGUAGGUUUGGUUGUGGGGAGAAGAGUGAGGAAGGAGAUGUCAGGAAGAAUUGAGAAAGGAUGAAAGUUUGCAUUGUUCAGGAAUACUCAGGACUGUUUCAUGUGAAGAGUUUGAGGGGAUAGACUAAUGUUUUUUAUGUCAUUGCGUAAGUUUCAAAAUGCUUCAUAGCUUGCUGUUUAGCUUUGAAGCUGGUGUGAACAUGUUAACCUUCAGCCUGCUAAGGCAGCCAUUUGGAACCAAAGUUGUAUUGGUUAUGGGAUCAGGCAGCAGGGAGAAGGUUAACAUGCAUAAUGCAAUCUUUUACGGAUGUUUUACCAUUUCUUGUAAGCUUGUAUUCCAGUUUUAAUUCUGGCUUUUCAGAUCUAGGAUUGUUGCCUGUAUAGUAGGUAAUUUUGUAUGCCUGUUGUCAAGUACAGGAAUUCAGAAGUGUAAAUAGCAACAUUUUUUCCAGAGAUCCAGAAACAUAUUUUUGUUUUUAUGUGCGGAGAGGAAUUCUCUGAGAUGUAUAUAGAAUACUGUAUUAUAAAGCAUGUUUUCAUUUGUGACAAGCUUGCUGAAUGCCUGAUGCAAUAGAAACUCCCACCAAAUGUAAAGUUAAGGGGAGUGCUUUUGUUUGUGGGAUGAUUAAUAUAUUAUGAUACCUAACACAGUGGAAAGCAAUGAUAAUGUUUUAUAUGGUACGAAUGUUGAUAAUUCAGAAUUUUUUAGAAAUAUGUUGCUGAAUGUAACGUUAAGUGUAAAAGAUUAUGUUAUAUGGUGAAUACUAAUUUGUAUAAAGUUUGUAAAAAAACAUAUAAGGCAAGAGGUUUAGAAGAAAGUGAAUACAAACAUUGUUACCGUUGAAUUUCAUUUAUUAAUUAAGUUUAACCUGAAAUUAACAGACAUGCGUAAAUGCCAACAAACUUGCUUAAUUAAUUGGUUGUUCCAAAGAGUUUGUAGGAACCAUUGUCUGGGCCUUGUCUUUUUUUCCCAAAAUCCUAAAAUAAAACCAUGUUCCCACCGUC